GACUCUGCGGGGAGGGGAGGAGGGAAGGGAGGCUCUGUGAUAAGGCCUGGUUCUUGGAGGCCCUGGGCAACCACCCCCCACCACCACCACGGCCAACUUCUCCCAGGACCCUGCCGGUUUAACGCCCCACUAGGGGCCGACCCGGGGUGGGGGUGGGGGCUGGGCAGCGAGCCCUGGCGGAGGCCCAAGUGGGGACUUGCAGGCCGCCCGACAUCUAUCCAUCCAUCCGUCAAUCCCCGCUCCUCGCAGGGACCCGGGGCCACCCCCCAGCGGCCCUGAUUCCCACUGGAUUCGCCCCCGCUCUCCAAACGAGAGAAAGACCAACCCCAAACAAAGACCAGCGCAGCCGGCGGGGCGGCGGGAGAAGGAGCCCGGGCAUUGGAGGGGCCGGGGGUGGGCGCUCGGGAGGCGGGGCGCGGCCGCAGGAAGUGCCGAUCUCGAUCUCGGGGCUGAGCGCGGCUGCGGUGCUGACCCGCCAGCCCUGUAGCCCCUAGCCGGCCGGCCCUGGAGGCCCUCGCUGCGGAGCCCGCAGCCGCACCAUCUGACCCUCUCUUGCCAGCAUCCAACCUCACGGAGAGCUUCGCUGAGGAGCGGCCCCGCCUGGGUCCUGUUACCUGCCGGCUCAUCACGCCUGGAACCUGGCCCAGCAGCCAUGGCCCAUUACAAGGUGGAGCAGGAUGACUGGCUGAUCGUCUACCUGAAGUAUUUGCUCUUCGUCUUUAACUUCUUCUUCUGGGUCGGGGGCGCCGCGGUCAUGGCCGUGGGUGUCUGGACCCUGGUGGAGAAGAGCGGCUACCUCGGCGUCCUGGCCUCCAGCACCUUCGCCGCCUCUGCCUACAUCCUCAUCUUCGCGGGCGCCCUCGUCAUGCUGACCGGCUUCCUGGGCUUCGGCGCCAUCAUCCGCGAGGACAGAGGCUGCCUCUCUGCGUAUUUCUGCCUGUUGCUGGCGAUCUUCCUCGUUGAGCUGGUGGCGGGGGUCCUGGCCCAUGUGUACUACCAGAGGCUGAGCGACGAGCUGAAACAGCACUUGACCCGCACCCUGGCCGAGAACUACAUGCAGCCCGGUGCCACGGAAAUCACAGCAUCUGUGGACCGUCUACAGCAGGAUUUCAAAUGCUGCGGGAGCAACAGCUCAGCCGACUGGCUGCAGAGCAGCUACAUCCUGUCUCCAGAGGCCGAGGGCCGCCGGGUGCCGGACAGCUGCUGCAAGACAGUGGUGGCACGCUGCGGCCAACGGGCACACCCCUCCAACAUCUACAAGGUGGAGGGAGGCUGCAUCAGCAAGCUGGAGCAGUUCCUGGCUGACCACCUGCUGCUCAUGGGGGCCGUGGGCAUCGGGGUGGCCUGCCUGCAGCCAAGGUCACGCUCUUCCCCCAGAAAACAUGAAGGAAAAGGCCCUGGGGGCCACCUUGAACUUGUCAGGAACAAAGACCUGGGAGGAGUGGGAGCGUGGGUGCAGAUUUGCGGCAUGAUACUCACCUGCGGCUUGCACCGGAGGCUCCAACUGCAUUUUUACUAACAGCCAACCGCAUCCUGCUCCGACUGCCCCUCACAAUUUCAGGGGCCCAAGGCCCACAGGCCAGGCCUGCGGGGUCAGCACCAGCUGGCCUGGAAGCUCCCAGCAACUCCCCCUCCUCUGUGCCCAGCCCCUCCGGACCCACCCAGUAACUGCAACCACGGCCUCUGCAGCCCCCACCUGGCCGGGGACCCUCAGCCCCCGCCCUCCACUUCUGUGUGCUCACCACCGGAAUCCUGGGGCAAGACGGCACAGCCCGAGCCUCACCAGGCCUAGGCUCCCAUGGACCCUGGGGGGCUGUGAUGAAAUCUGCUUUCCUCCCCGCUCCUGAACCCUGAACGGGGGCUGGCCACUUUGCCCCCACUGGGAUGCCCGCAUACGAGCCUGUGAUCCCCCCUAUGGGCGCUGAGCACCCCUCUCCCACCCCUGCUGGAUGUGCUCUCUGAGAAAUGCAUCGAAUAGGCAGUUAGAGUUGGCUCUGCCCCCGGAAGACCGCGGCCUUUGCCCUGCCCCCUUCCCCUCCCCUCCCACCCGCACCAUCUCACCUGGAGAGAAGUGUCCCAUGGCCUGAUUCCUUCCUGCAGGGCAGGGUUGGGUAGUGGCAGGGUGGAGGGCAGGGGGUGAAGCCACCAGGGUGGGGAGCAGGUGCCUGCCCCAGGCCCUCCCCAGGAGGGUCCCCUGGGAGCCCAUGACCCCAAGCCCCAGUCUCCAGCCAUGUGCCCCUCGGGGGUCUCCUUUCUGGACUGACGCUCAAAGAAAGCCAGGUUUUUUAAACUAUCGUCUGCCCUUCAUGUUGGUGGGAGUAAAAUCCUUCCUGAUUAAACCAAACCCCAGACCCUGCAAAGCUGGAGCCACCGAGAAGGUGCAGCUCUUGAGCUGAAGGGUGCUCUGCCUCGAACCUCCUUUUCCUGAGCUGGUGCUCCUGGACCACCCAGCCCCCAGCGCUUGGCCUGCAGAGACCCCGCUCUGCUUCCCAGAGUGGACAUGGUCCCUUCAUUAGGUUUUCUCUUGCAUCUCUUGGAGCACGGAAUUUUCAGAAAGGACUUUCCAAAAUGUGGACAGAGUACAGAAAGGAAAUUCUAGGAAACACUGAGCACAGAUGCUGGCAGUUUUCCAGAGAACAUGAAUCAGCUCAUAAGAUCCCCCAGAGGGUCCCACGUGGGCAGAGACCCCCAUGCUUGUCCCCGGGUCCCAGGUCCUGGAUCCUGCACUUCCUACUUCCCACCCUCAGGAUGCCGAGGUCAAGUCCAGAAAGGGCACACCUGGCCUCCGCUCUCUCUUGCUGACCUGGGCCCAUCCCAGGUGAAGGUGUUUUCUUUCCCAUUCAUGGAUCAGUGCUGUCCCCGUCACAGCCUCCACUGUACUAAAACCGCACACCCCUGGAGAGAGGCGACCCAUGCACACAGAGGGCAGACCAGCCUCCUGCAACAGGUUGCCUCCUGCCCUGGGAUUCUCUGGGGCUGUCAGGAAGAGCUGUGGGGUCACUGAUGCCAGUUCACUCUAAGGGAGACCAGCUUUCCAGCAACCCUAGAGUCCCAAGGCCCCCCAGAAGUUGGUGCUGUGAUUGUCUUUGCUGCCUCCAACUUCCUGGAUUCGUGCAGAUAACCAAAAAUGACCGUAAGUCCCAAGUUCUCUGCAGGGCUAGUUGUUAGCUGACGUCUUACAAAGUGAAGGCUGAGGGGCCCGAGGGAGGUGGCAGUGGGCCGGGCAGUGCUGGCUGGCUGCACAUGUGCCCCUGCUGGGGUCCCUGCUUACUUUAUCAAGGUCAGAGGGGGCUCACGGAGGGAUAAUGGGUAGGUGUCACCUGCACAGCCUUGUCCUGGUGGAGGCCCAGGAGAGCCGGACUUGUCUGCUCCCACCGCCCCCAUGGGUAGAGGCCAUCCUGGCUAGGGUAGGAGAACUCUGGUUCUGCCCUGGGAAUGGUCCCACCCAGAGGGUGGAGGUCCACACUGCAGAGAGGGAGAGAACAGCCCUGUGCUUUCUGAAACUGGGACCUCCCUGUUGGUGCCAGCAGCUCGGGAGAUGAGACAAUGUGAGAGGAAACAGUAGUUUCUCAUGGAGCGCACAAAGGGUUAGGAUGGAGGCUGGCCCAUCCUGCCUGCAAGGAUGCAGCUCUGUGCCCAGGACAGCCCCUCCCAGGUCCCUGCUGGGAGGUGUCCCAAUCCCGAGCUCCUUGGAAAGGAGGACACAAUGCUUAAAGGUCAUCCAUCGGUCCCCCAACACCAGGGACUGGCCAGAAAGCCGGGGCUGUGCAGAGGUCUGGACAUGGCAGGCAUGGGAGUCCACGCGGCCCUGGUCCUCCCCCUGGACCAGGCUGCCCCACCUCCUUGGGCUCCCAGCGCAGCACCCAGGAGGGGCGGAGUGCUACACCCCGGGGACUCUCAUCCCCACAGCCAGUUUCUGGCCUGGACUCUGCCACCUGGUUCAUCUUGGGAGGCUGAGGUAGAGGAAGUGAAUUGAAACCAUUACUGCCAUCGCUGCCCAUCCCCCUGUCAGCCUUGUAAAGGUUCUCUGCCUGGUUUGCCACUUGAAGCCUGGACAAAAGGGGACGGGGGUUUCCACGGGCUAAGGAAGACACCUGUCUUUGUAUCGCCACUGGGUGGUGCCCACACCCCCGGGGGACGCUGGUGAUGGAGUUGUCUAAGCUGGGUUCUCAGCAUUGGUCAGGAUCAGCCUGAGAGCUUCUGAACCAUUGCUGGGCCACCCUGGGCUUCUUAUCAGUAGCAGGGGCCACAAGCCUGCGUCCUGCCAAGUUCCCAGGUGACACUGAUGCUACUGGCCUCGGGGCCACACCUUGACAGCACCUGCCCUAGAAAACGCCACAAAGCAGGCCUCUGCCACCUCCCGUGUGUGUCACACCCCCCAGGGUUCAGAAGCACCCCCCCCCCCCAGGUGUCAGGCCAAAUCCCACUGGACUCACCGGAGCAUGGGAUAAAGCGCCCGACCCGCUGUGUACCUGCCGGUCCGUGACCUUGGCAGGGACACCGGGGACCUGGGUCCUCUCCCUGGAAGGGACAGUGAUGCCCCAGCCCUGUUUUCCCACCACCUCUGUGUGCCUUGGGAGGGCCCACUCCAUCCUCACGCCCCGUCUUCUGUUUCCACACAACGCUCAGCCUUGUGCUCUGUUCACAGUUCCAUGUGGGCCCCCUCUCUGCCCUGCUUCCACACCAGACUCACCCCUGCAGGUGCCACCAAGAGUCCCAGGCAGCCCAGUGUCAGGAAGACUCCUGGAUCCAGUUGCCCAUUGGCUAGGGGUCAUCACAACGUUCUGGAAACGGAAAAGUCGCCUUUUUGCACAGAGAGGAAUUGCCCCAGCGUAAACACGCCCCUCCUUAGCCUCCACCUCCAUCCUGGGGGCACGACAAUAAAGGAAUGGUAUCCAGG